UUUUGGCACAUUUAACAGAAAGAACAGUUACAUAGCCAGUUGAUGUAUGGUAGAAAUUGUUAGUUUUGUUUUCAUUUUUUUGAGUUUUGCAUAUGUACAGGUUAUAGACCUUUGAUUGUCCAUUGUUUAUUGCCACUGAUUGCCAAUCCUUGGUUCCCUCAAGUGUUUUAGUAGGCAAACAAUUUGCUUUGUUUGCUUAUUUAUUUAUAAGGGUGGUAUGUUUGUAGGUAUGUGUUUGAAUUUUCCCUAAAAUGUAUAAUUCCAAUUUUAAUGUAGAAUUAAUUGCUUCGUGGGGCAGACCUACACCCUACAAGUAACACAGCUAGAUACAAGUGUGUUGUAAACCUUUUGCUUUAACGACUACGAUUAAUUUCGUUUAAAACAUAAAUUAAAAUCUAAUGUAAUUUAAAUCUAUAUUUAACUGUGGGUAAUCUGUAUGUCAGUAUACUUUAACACCACAUUCCAAACUAUUUCUUUUGAUUAACCGUGUAAGAUGUUUCUGGACACCUCUAUUUCAUAAUGGAAAAGUCUGUAAAGUUGGAAACUGCAGUUGCAUCUCUACUCAAGGUAGACACAAUAGCCCAAUUAGUAUUGUACGCAGGCAUCCCAGCAGCCCUUUUGUGCAGUGUGACAUACUGCUUGUAGUCGUAAUUAUUCACAGUAGUUGGUGUAGUAGCAUGCAGCAAUUGGUUGAUUGUCAUAGCAUACGGAAAACCAUGGUUGUGAUUACUUUGGAAAUACAUUUAGCAGGUGAGGACUGCGUUUGAAUUACAGUGAAACGGAUUGGAUUGAUAAUAGUAACUAGGGACUUGUGUUGACAACUGGUAUGUUUGCCAGAUGGAUGAUAGAUCAAGUGAGGUGUGGGUGGAAAGUCAAAAAGUGAAUUCGGUCAGUUGAUAUUUGAAUCUUGAGACGUGAAGUUGGUGUGCUGCUUCCGAUGAUCGCACAUCUACAACCCAAGAGCCACCAGGUAUAGUGCCAAAGCUAAAGCAGGCCAAGAGCAGCUUUUGGCAGCGAUGGAUAGUCAAGCUAACGUUUCUGCUAACUGGUAGCUGUUGUUUUAAGCCAGUUUUGACGGCUUUACCAGCACACACCACAGGGUAAAAUUUAUUCAGUCAUCCGUCGCAAUCAUGGUUUUACCGAUGGGUUACAAAACACCCCAACCCGCUGUACCACUGCCCUAGUCUGAUGAGCACAGUGUCAAGUCUCAGCGACGCAGCUCGAGCCAAAGACUGAGCCGGGGGCACAGGUCUAGCAGGAAGACUAGGAGUGCAGUUAUCCAAUAGAUCUCUCUGCCUUGGCAGAUCGAGACGCCAGUGCAUCUUUAUCAGAUCCUAAAGAAGAAACAGUUUGGUCAGGUGUACCAGUCAACUUUACCUGUCAACAGUCCAAGAAUGACAACCCUUGGUUUGCUUGGUACGUGAAUGGCGAUUAUUAUUACAUCGAGUGAAGUGUCGUACAAAUUGUAUCCGUCGAGAGAGUCUGGCCCUCCAUGGGCCAGAAUCGAGUCCAGUUUUCUCCAGAUUACUCCCCUGAAGACCCAAACAAACUUGAACCUUUCAUGCAACAUUAUCUCCACAACGGGAACAAGGAAAGAAGCGUGGAUGCUCAGAGUCUUGGAACAACCAUCACUCUUCAUCACCAACUCUGGCUGCACCGCGCCCAUAGAGGGCACUGUCUGCACAUUGAUAUGCCAAGCCAAUUACCAGACAAAUAUAACAUGGUAUGUAGACACCAAACGGAUACAAAAUGGUGUCGCAUCGGAACCUUCGAUCGGAUCAACAAAUAUUUUGAAUAUCACAGCAAGUAGAAGGUACCACAAUCGCAUUUUAAGAUGUAGGGCGCCACAUCCUGAACUGACUGAAGCACUUCAAACCAAGACUGUAUUGACCGUGUUGUAUCCACCAUCCAUCGUUUCAGGACAAACUAGUCAACCCCUGAGCACGACACUCUGGUGCGAAGUUGAUGCUAAUCCACCAGCUAGCAUCAUAUACUGGAUAGACCCACAGAACAAACACAUUUUCAGUGAGACAGUUACAGUUCAUAAGGAUGAUAGCACCCAAGGGCAGGGCAACCUGACAAGAAGUGAUUUGACGGUAAACUUUACCAAGGCGGGCAGUCGGGGUGUUUAUAAGUGCAUAGCGUACAACAUGAUCGGCAGAGCUGUAGCUUCAGUUGAAGCAAAAUAUGGACCUCAGAACACUGCAAUUUGUGUGAAGUCUUUGAAAACUUGUGACGCCUGCAGGAACUGCACAAGAAAUGCCUCGGUGGGAGAACACCUAGAACUACAGUGCAUCGCUGUGGGUUCCAACCCAGCUAGUCUGCUCACCUGGGAGGUCAUAGGUCACGGUGGUGAAGAUCUCCAAUCAGUUUUUUAUCGUGAUAAUGUAUCGUCGAUCUUCCAGGAUAACACAACUCGUAGCUGGGACUUAGAAAACACACUCUCAAUCAAAGUGCCACCAGGUGUAAAUGCCAUCGACGUUGUGUGUCGUGUUUGGUAUCCCGAUAAUGCCACAAUAUUUAGGGAGGAGGUUCUUCAGAUACUUGUUCAGCCCUCACGAGACAUGGAUUCCUCUUGGAAACUUCCAGCAAUAUCCGCCGGGUCUGUCGCCAGUUUCUUGCUCCUUAUCUGCCUAAGCUCUCUAGCAGCUGUGAAAUGGAGGGCAAGGUACAGAGGAGUACAUGACGAGAUGAAUAGCGGAAUAAGAGAGGAAACCCAUCCGAUGGUCAGGCUCCAAAAACAGACAGUGCAACAAGAGGAUUUUUCAGUUCAGUGUCCAGAGACUUCUGUCCCAGCCAUCUCGUCUGAUUUCGAGUUUCCAAGAGAAAGAGUUCAUCUGGAAGAGGUGAUCGGUAAUGGUUUCUACGGACAGGUACUGAAAGCUAAAGCAGACGGUAUUCUGAGCGGAGAAAUCACCACAGUCGCUGUCAAAAUUUGCAAAGGUUUCACAGGGACCGAGUUAAAGCACGAGCUCACUAUUUCCAAAGCUCUCAAGAAACAUCCCAAUGUUGUAUCAUUUCUUGGAAGUUGCACAGACGAAGAGCCUUUCUACUUGAUCAUGGAGUACGUUCCUAAUGGCACACUGGAGGCCUACAUCACGAAGAAACGAGUGGCCUGGACCGAAGCAAAGCUUACCACUGGAUUAAUGAAGGAAGCCGUGAACCCCAUUCGAAUACUUAUGUUCGCUUUCCAAAUCGCUAGUGGAAUGGAGUACUUGUCUUCCAUGAACUUGGUACAUCGUGACCUUGCUACUCGAAAUGUCCUUCUUGGUGAAGGGCUAACCUGCAAACUGUGUGACUUUGGCUUGGCACGUGACGUCACAAGAACUGGGCAGUACAAACAGACAUCCGAUAAUACUGUUCCUUUUCGCUGGAUGGCUCUUGAGUGUCUUUGCCACAACACUUACACAACAAAGAGUGACGUGUGGUCAUUUGGUGUUCUUCUGUGGGAACUGGUCACGCUGGGUGCUCAACCCUACACGGACAUGUCUUUAGAAACCAUGGUUGUCUAUCUUCUCGGUGGGUUUCGACUUCCAAGACCUUUACAUUGUGGAAAAGAAGUAUAUAAUUUGAUGUCAUCGUGUUGGAAUAUUGAGCCCGAAAUGAGACCAGACUUCACUGACCUACAUCAAAGACUGGGGUGUCUGUUGGACAGUGACUCGGAAAUGUUGGACAUGUCUCAAUUUCAGGCUGAUAAGUACGUCUACGCAAACCCCUUGACUCAAACCUGUCGCCCGCAGGAAAAUUAGUGUCUGAGUCUUUGGACAAACCACCAACAAGGUUGUUCAUCUUGAUACUGACCACUGAAGCUGGUUUUACCUUCCAUCACGACCGUUGAGCAAUAAUUGAGGAAUUUUACGACUGUAGUGUUGCGUAAUUGCGUUUCGAAAAAAUUGGGCAGAAUAAUUAUCUGCCCAGGAAUAACAAAGUCGGAUUUCUGCAGUGAUCAUCGUAGUAAUAAAGACGCUACAUGCGCUCUCGUUGUGAAUAGGCUCUUUAAGUGUAAUUUAUCCAAAUUAAUUAAAAAAAACCUCUCGGCAUUGGCUACAUUUGAAAAGAUUUGAAGUGUACGCAACUAUCAAGUCUGACAAAAUCUUACGGCAAGGAUCCGAAUGGGAAACCGUGAUACCAUGAUACCGUGUUGAUUAUGAACUAGAAAGUUUGACAUUUACCGUAUGACAUUGAUUCUUUGUUGGUGAACAUCCUUCAGGAAAGAUGUAAAACUUAAAACUAUGUAACUAGGAUCCCAUGGAGUCUGGUUUAAGUAAUAUGUAGUACUUUAAAUGAGAACAGUUUUCAAGUUUAUCAAUAAGCAUCUGUUAAACUUGAAACUGUUGGCAAAAGACACGAUAUUAUGCAGAAGCGAAUUUAGAGGGGGCGAACCGGACGCCCCCCCCACCGGCACGACAAUGAAUUUAAAAUUGGCUCCAUUGCAUUUAAAUUCUGACUUAGGUUUCGGACUGCACGAUUGGAUUUGAUGCUCCAGGUUUGAACCCUCCCCCUGAAUCCACCCUCGCUAAGCCUAUAAAUGUGCUGAAAAUUCAAUAGGGAAGUUUGAAAUAUAACAUAACUGUUGUAAUCGUAACUAUUAUGUGUUACGUUAGAAAACUUUAAUGUAUUAUUUAUUUAAAGUUCGUCAUUGAUCCAGUGACUCUGUUGAAAUUGUAGUAAAAAAUAAAGUGUGAAAUUUGUACCAGGUUUUACUUUGAAACCGUAAACGUCCCCUUUAUUUUCAAUGCGGGGUCGAGGAUUGCCAAACAUCACAAGCUUCCUCGGGUGAGACUCGAACCCACGACUUGCUGUUUACUAGAGUAGACAUCAUUGCAUAAUAUUAGAUUAUGAAUUAAGAUCGAAAUAAAUUAGAUAAUUACAUAUAUUAGCCUGAGGAAAAUAUAAUUAUCCACAAAGAAACCUUACUGAAUCUUCACGGGCAGAAAGUAUAUUUGAUGUGAACAGUGUACAUACUCUUUUAAAAUGUGAGUAGCAAAUCUUGCCUCCGGAUUGGUGGCCGUGUGUGUCAUUUCGAAGGUGUGCCGAAACAUUAAAACUGAUCCUUUGUAUAAUGCAGUGCACAAUACGUUUAUUUCCCUUCAUAACGUUGCUUACAGCUGCAUUUAAAUGAAGACACACUCUCUAAAGUGUUCACUACAUUGCUAGGAGAACCAUGAUGGUUGUGAACAUCAUUGCUACACCUCAUAAAUAUUCGCGAGCAAAUCGGAGCGUGUCAUUGGCCGAUUCCACCUCUCGUCUGGAAAGUAGAAAUGAUACGCGACCAGGUGACGUCAUAGCGGUGAGUAUGCACCUCGCUGCCGUUCGGUAGUUUUUCUGGUAGCAUAAAAAAAUCCCUCUGGAACCCGCCGCGUAAAUAUUUAGUCCGUGUCAUGUAAUCUUUGAGGAACCAGUCUAUCUGUAUCCUUAUAACAAUAGAGUACAGAAGUGAAUGCGUCACGCGCACAAUUAGUGUGUAAAAGGCAUUAGCGCGUGAACCAGCGCGUGAACCAUUACGCGUGCGUACUCCAUUCGUUUGCACUGCACUUUCUGGCACACAGUGACGUCACCCUUCGGUACCUCCUUCUUUAGGAGGUCGUGUCGUGUUGCACCUCAGGCCGAUCAAGGAACAUAUAUGAAACCUCAAAUUAAAUUUGUGUGAACACAAAAAAUACGUACAUUUUAUAUAUCCAACUAAUCAAGUUCUGGGAAGUACACGUAACUUGUACUUCCUGCGACAUCAUUUUUCUAUGUGCAGCCACGUAGAGUUUUGUGUGUGUGUACACUGAAUUGCACAACGCUAUUUUAAUGCAUGGACUGGUUGCCGCGUUGCCAUCACACCUUUUUGGCAGUUGCACGGCGCAGGGGAACCAGCGGAAACCUUGCAUCAAGCAAUAUUGUGAAAACCACAAAAGUUUCUUUCCACAUGUUGUGAAUAUAAAGCAGGUGUUUUGUGAAGAUAGGAUCCUGUCUUUCCUAGGAAAGACAGGAUUGAUUUUUCCUUUUUUAAGCUGUGAGAAGAGAUGGAUACACGUACGAUGACUCAAAUUUGCCGGAUGCAGCUGAAAAGUUGAUAAGCACAUUUUGCUUAUGUAGAACCAUGGAGGAAGGACACAAAUUUUUUUUUCAGCCCUAAAAUGUGACAUGAUUCAUAAAAUUCCACGAAACUUGGUGUUAGAUGUCAUAACACCCCCCGACCACAUACCAGACGACAUAUGAAUAUUUCUAACUUUUGUGGGCAAAAGGCACAUUGAGUGGUGAAGUUACCACACCGAAUUAUGGAAUUGCCAAAAGACAGUGAAACUGUAUACAAAGUGGUGGAAUAACAAAGCCGACAAUGUAGCAUCAGAGCGAGCGAGGAUAGCAACGGCGUGUACAUCAUUGUCCAAUCCAGCAAGCGCAGUGUACAUAUGACAUCGUGCAUGGACAGGGUUUGCCCGUAACGUUUUGCUCACUUGCCAGCCGGACCAGCAGUGAUGG